UUCACCUUCAACGACUUUUUUUUCUCUUCCGCCAACAACGUCCGGAUUUUAUAACAAGGUCUCGGGAGUGUUUUUGAUCGUCCAGAUGUCAACAUGGCUCCGAAGAGCGAGCAACUUCUCAUCGUGUUGUCCAUUCUGGAAGGGCGCGAUUUCCCCAAGUGCCCUCGGCUCAGCUUGGAGGUUCAGGCGAGCUUCGACGGCAAGCCGUUGACCACCGACCCCGUGGAGCACCUGGACCAGCCGCACUUCAGCACUGAGCUGGCCUGGGAGCUGGACCGCAAGAUGCUGCGCCAGCACAGACUGCAGAGGACCCCCAUCAAGCUUCAGUGUUUCACCGUAGACUCCAGCAACAACAGCAGGGAGAACGUGGGCUACAUUGUGCUGGACCUCAGAUCCGUUCAGGAAGUCCCACAGGAUCCACGCUGGCAUACGCUGCUGAGCAGCAAGUACACAAAGAAGAAGCCGUCGCUGCUCCUCAGCAUGGUGCUGGAGAAUGGCGGCAAGUCCACGCCGCCACCACCGCCCUCUCCCCAAGCACCCCGAAACAAGAAGGCCCAAAGAGCGCCUCGCUCGAGCGGGCCCGUAGCCCCGCAGCCCCUCCUGGACAAGCUGGAGGCGGUCCUGGUGCCUGAGCAGGGUUACCAUCAGGUGGGACCCGACAGCGUGGCCACCGACAUGUUUGUGCUGUCCGUCACUCUGGCUUUUGUCGCCAAGUUGGAACAGUUAAUCCCCACCACGCUCAAGUUGUCAUCAGAGGAUGCCGGCUUCUUCUUUUUCUACACACUGCUGGGCAACGACAUCACCAGUGAGCCCUUUCGGAACCUCCUGACGCCGGACUUCCAGCCCAAGCGCGCCUCGGUGCGCGUCCGCAGCAGCGACCGCGCCCUGCGCGCCUUCCUGUCGCAGCAACCGCCCUUGCAGAUCCACCUAUGCUGCGGCACGCACUCGCUGGGCAGCGCCGACGUGCCCCUGGCCACGCUGGCCGGGCUCGCCGUGGACCUGGAGGAGAGGGCGGCCACAGUGGAGGGCGUGUUUGCGCUACAGCCGCCCGCCCGCGUCAGGCGCUCGCUGCCGGCGAUGCCCGCCGACUUGCAGCCUAACGUCAGCGUGACCAUCACACUGCGCCGAGAGGACGUGGCGCCGCAGCUACAGACUUCGUCCACCAAAGAAGGACACAACAUAAACCCGUGCGCUGCCGUCGCGCCGGCCGCCGAGGACCAAAUUGCCAGUUCGACUCCAAUCCGAAAUCCUCCUGAGGUUGUUGCGCUGUCGCAGACCCACCAGGAGGUACUGUCGCACGGUCUCGGGAGUGUUUUUGAUCGUCCAGAUGUCAACAUGGCUCCGAAGAGCGAGCAACUUCUCAUCGUGUUGUCCAUUCUGGAAGGGCGCGAUUUCCCCAAGCGCCCUCGGCUCAGCUUGGAGGUUCAGGCGAGCUUCGACGGCAAGCAGUUGACCACCGACCCCGUGGAGCACCUGGACCAGCCGCACUUCAGCACUGAGCUGGCCUGGGAGCUGGACCGCAAGAUGCUGCGCCAGCACAGACUGCAGAGGACCCCCAUCAAGCUUCAGUGUUUCACCGUAGACUCCAGCAACAACAGCAGGGAGAACGUGGGCUACAUUGUGCUGGACCUCAGAUCCGUUCAGGAAGUCCCACAGGAUCCACGCUGGCAUACGCUGCUGAGCAGCAAGUACACAAAGAAGAAGCCGUCGCUGCUCCUCAGCAUGGUGCUGGAGAAUGGCGGCAAGUCCACGCCGCCACCACCGCCCUCUCCCCAAGCACCCCGAAACAAGAAGGCCCAAAGAGCGCCUCGCUCGAGCGGGCCCGUAGCCCCGCAGCCCCUCCUGGACAAGCUGGAGGCGGUUCUGGUGCCUGAGCAGGGUUACCAUCAGGUGGGACCCGACAGCGUGGCCACCGACAUGUUUGUGCUGUCCGUCACUCUGGCUUUUGUCGCCAAGUUGGAACAGUUAAUCCCCACCACGCUCAAGUUGUCAUCAGAGGAUGCCGGCUUCUUCUUUUUCUACACACUGCUGGGCAACGACAUCACCAGUGAGCCCUUUCGGAACCUCCUGACGCCGGACUUCCAGCCCAAGCGCGCCUCGGUGCGCGUCCGCAGCAGCGACCGCGCCCUGCGCGCCUUCCUGUCGCAGCAACCGCCCUUGCAGAUCCACCUAUGCUGCGGCACGCACUCGCUGGGCAGCGCCGACGUGCCCCUGGCCACGCUGGCCGGGCUCGCCGUGGACCUGGAGGAGAGGGCGGCCACAGUGGAGGGCGUGUUUGCGCUACAGCCGCCCGCCCGCGUCAGGCGCUCGCUGCCGGCGAUGCCCGCCGACUUGCAGCCUAACGUCAGCGUGACCAUCACACUGCGUGCCAGUCCUGCAGACGUGGAGCCGCUCGCCGCAUGUCAGGCCCAGGGCGAGGGCGCCUGCGCCCUCAAAGCGUCCAUUCCGCCAUCGGCGCAUCGCUACUGUUUCUCUCUGGAUCUCUGCAACCUCAGACAGACCGGACUCUUACACACCAUCGCUGCCACAAUCAGGUACUCGUACGAGUUCUUCGGCAGCGCGGUGCCCGUGAUGACCAGCCACCCCGUGGAGCUGCGCAGGAACACGGACGUGUCUCUGCCGCACUCUUACUGCGCCUUCGACUUUGCCGCCGUGCCGCAGCAGCUGCAGGAUACCUUCCUCAGAAUUCCUCUGGUGUUGGAGCUGUGGCACCACGACGCCGGCAGUACCAACGAUUUCCUGAUUGGCCGAGCCUCGCUGCUGCUGUCUCGGCUGCUUGCCGCCGAGAGGAGCCGACACCCGGCCGGUGUGAGGGAGGCGCCAUGGCGCCAAAUCCACCAGGACCGAAUCCCCUUCUUCUCCACCCAGAGCUCCAACGAGAAAGCAGCAGAGUUGAGCCUGGUGGCCACACUGGACGACUUUGGGCUCGUGAACCGUAAUGACAUCCCCAUACUUAAUAGAUUGAGACAGCCGGGUGAGAUGAAGCUCAGCUCCCAGCAGAGCAUUCAGCAAAGAGAGAAGGAAAUUCAAGAGCUAAGACAAGCCAUCUUUUCUCUUAAUCGUUUAGCUCGGCUGGCGACGGAGACAAGCGACGGCGUCUUCACCGACAAUAUCCGCAGCAUGGAGCUGAAGGGCUUCGAAGUGCGUGAGUUGAUCAAGGCUCAGCAGAAGCAGGUCGUGAGUCAGGCCGAGCGGCGUCUGGAGAAGAUCCAAAAGGAGAUCACUGAGCAGAAGAAGCGAGUGGCCGAUCUGGACCGGCUGACCCUCGACGACGGCCCCGUGCAUUUCCUUCAGCGCUGUCAGGCGCUGGAAGCGCUGCCGCCCGUGACGUCGCCGAUCCCUGCCAUCGCCGUGGAACCCGGCUUGACGUUUGACUCUGUCAUAAAAGCCGUGUGCGACUUUAAAUCGCUGUCGCAAGAGAUUUGCCAGGAUGGCUUCGUCAGCAUCUGUGAGAAAGUGAGAGAAGUGGUGAUCACGGCUCCCCCCAAUUUGCCCGUCCACAUCGACGUGACCGGGCCCUCGGCUAAUGUGACAGCACCCUUGGCCGAAAUUCACCCCCCUGUACAAAUGGAGGAGACAGGUUCCAAAUUGUCUACGGGCUCCAAGCAGAGGAACCAUCAGCGCCACACUCAUGCCAGAAAGAAAUGAGACCUGAAUUUAGACAUCAUUUCACACUCAAAACCUUAAACCUUGAUCAUCAAGCAGCAGUGUUUUCCUCUUUUGACAUACCACUUCACUAUAUUUUUUUUGUAAAAAAAAAACUGGGAACUACAGUAUUUACUUACUUGUUGGCGUCAGUGUUGUGUCGAUCAGAUGAGCAGAGUCUCACACACGUAGACACACAAACGCCAUUACACAUCAUUAGUUACAUUUGGUUUUACAUUUUAUGACAAUGUGACUAUUUUUUUUUUGUAAUCAUUCAUACAGACAUAAUAUAUUAUUUUGGUUUGUGUCAUGCUGACAAAAAACAAACAAACAACAAGAUGCAGUGUAUUUGGCUUUUUUGCAUGUAUUUAUUGUGUUUAUACAAUGAUAUCAAAUAUGGAUACUUUCCAAUGUUGAAAUAAAUUGACACAUGACGGUAAAUCAA